CCGUUUCUUUUGCUGCCUUGAACGUUGAGUCGUUUGUGUUGUGUAAUUUAUGUUCCUUUGACUUCGAACGUGAAGCCAGGUCGUCACUUUCCCUCUAUUUUCUAUUGUUGCUGUCCUUUUGAUGGGGGUUUCGACCCGCUUAGUAGUGAUGCGUAAUGGCAGGUGAUGCUUUGACUUACAACAGGGAACUCGCCGAGCUGGCUCAUCAUCACUAUCAGUCGGGCGAGUAUGAGUUAGCCGAGCAGCAUGCGCUGGAGUUAUGGAAACGCGAUCCAGGAAACACAGGAGUCCUACUGUUGCUUUCUUCCAUUCAUUUUCAGCGUCGACGAUUAGACAAGUCUGCUACAUUUUCUAGCCUGGCCAUCAAGGCAAACCCAAUGCUGGCAGAAGCAUACUCAAAUUUGGGCAAUGUGUUCAAGGAGAGAGGAAAGAUCACCGAUGCAUUGGACCAUUAUCGCUAUGCGGUGAACCUAAAGCCUGACUUCAUCGAUGGCUAUAUCAACCUGGCAGCUGCCUUGGUGCAGGCUGGUGAGCUCGAGCAAGCCGUACAGGCUUAUGCUCGAGCGCUGCAACUCAACCCAGAGCUAUAUUGCGUCAGGAGUGACCUUGGCAACUUGUUUAAGGCUUUAGGGCGUUUAGAAGAAGCGAAGGCUUGUUACUUGAAGGCGAUCGAGACGCAGCCGAGCUUCGCCGUGGCGUGGAGCAACUUGGGCUGUGUGUUUAACUGUAUGGGCGAAGUGUGGCUGGCCAUUCAUCACUUUGAGAAAGCAACUCAGCUUGAUCCAAGUUUCUUGGAUGCGUUCAUCAACCUCGGAAAUGUUUUGAAGGAAGCUAGAAUAUUUGACCGAGCUGUACAAGCCUACCUGCGUGCACUUAACAUCAGCCCGAGCCAUCCCAUCGUCCUGGGCAAUUUGGCUUGUGUUUACUAUGAGCAAGGUUUAUCAGAGCUUGCCGUGGACACCUAUCGGCGUGCUAUUGAGCUACAGCCAAACUUUCCUGAUGCGUUCUGUAACUUGGCUAAUGCGCUGAAAGAGCAGGGCAAGGUUGGGGAAGCGGAGGACUGUUACAACCAUGCACUCCGCUUGUGUCCAACACAUGCUGAUUCACUCAAUAACUUGGCCAAUAUCAAGCGAGAACAAGGCCACAUCGAGGAGGCAACACGCAUCUACCUAAGGGCGCUGGAAAUUUUCCCCGACUUUGCAGCCGCUCAUUCCAAUGUGGCCAGUAUUUUACAGCAACAGGGUCGCCUUCAUGAAGCACUUGGGCAUUACAAGGAAGCUAUACGGAUUGCCCCAAACUUUGCUGACGCAUAUAGCAACAUGGGUAAUACGUUGAAGGAAAUGCAAGACAUCCAGGGUGCCAUUGAGUGCUACACGCGAGCUAUUCAAAUCAAUCCAGCGUUUGCCGAUGCACACAGUAACCUCGCGUCCAUCGACAAGGACUCGGGCAAUAUACCAGAAGCUAUUACCAAUUAUCGCAUGGCGCUGAAGCUAAAGUCUGACUUCCCCGAUGCUUAUUGUAACCUUGUGCACUGUUUGCAGAUUAUCUGUGACUACAGUGACUAUGAUACGCGCAUGCACAAGCUCUGUCACAUCGUUGCCGACCAGCUGGAGAAGAACAGGCUACCGUCUGUACAUCCGCACCACAGUAUGCUGUAUCCUCUGACGCACGAGCAACGGAAAGCAAUUGCUGCCCGACACGGCAAUCUGUGCAUCGACCGAGUUGCCUUGCUCCAUAAGAGGCCGUUCAGUUACCCGACAGACCUGUCAGCUACGGGCGGGCGACUGCGCAUUGGGUAUGUGUCAUCUGAUUUUGGCAAUCACCCGACAUCUCAUCUUAUGCAGAGUGUACCUGGCUUCCACACAGACAAGGUCGAGGUCUUCUGCUAUGCCUUGUCAGCCGAUGACAACACGAUGUUCCGGCGGAAGAUAAUGCAUGAAGCACACAAUUUCGUCGAUCUUUCUCAAACACCGUGCAAUGGCAAGGCCGCUGAUCUCAUCAACCGUGACAAUAUCCAUAUCCUGGUCAAUAUGAAUGGCUACACCAAAGGUGCUCGCAAUGAAAUCUUUGCGUUGCGGCCGGCACCUGUCCAGGUGAUGUGGCUUGGCUAUCCCGGUAGCAGCGGAGCAUCGUUCAUGGACUACAUCGUUACAGAUGGUUACACGUCACCUUUGGAGCUUGCUCACCUGUACUCAGAGAAGCUGGCCUUCAUGCCUCACACAUUCUUUAUUGGAGACCAUGCUCAGAUGUUCCCACAUCUGUUGGCAGAAGGUGACGGUGUGCAAGGAGUAGACCUCACCAACAUUCAGCCACUGUACAUUGAUCCUAUCAGUAAACGGCCACCACCACCAGCAACGGCAGCAGCAGCAACAGUAUCUACAGCUGUUACAUCAGCCAUUGGCCUUGCAGCAAACACGACGGGACAUACUAAUGGUCUUGCAAAGGCAAACAUCUUGGUAACAGGUGAUAUGCUACCAGCUAAUGGUCACAAUGAUGUACAGUCUGCAAGACCUGCUACCAUCAACACCAUCAUUGCUGCUCCCAAUGGCGUAGUAGUCACAAGUGUUGCACAGCAACAGGUGCUGUCGCUGAGUGCGCGGGUAGCAAACGGUGAGCUUCCUCCGUCCUGCCUGCCGUUGACUGUACGCAGUCAAUACAACCUGCCAGCUGGCAAGAUUGUCUACUGCAACUUCAAUCAGCUGUACAAGAUCAACCCGGCUACACUGCGCAUGUGGGCGAAUAUCUUGAAGGCAGUUCCGAACUCUGUGCUGUGGUUACUGCGAUUCCCGGCUCAUGGAGAGACCAAUGUGACUGCCGCUCUAACUGGUCUGGGCGUAGCCAGUGACCAAAUCAUUUUCUCUCCCGUUGCGCCGAAAGAGGAGCAUGUACGUCGUGGCCGGCUGGCUGAUGUGUGUCUGGAUACGCCACUGUGCAAUGGCCACACCACGGGUAUGGAUGUACUGUGGGCCGGCACCCCGAUGGUGACGCUGCGCGCCGAAACUCUGGCGUCGAGGGUGGCUUCAUCGCAGCUGUUCACGCUUGGUUUCCCAGAGCUUGUUGCUGAUACUGCAGAACAGUAUGAAGACAUUGCUAUUCAACUGGGCAACAAUCCCACUGAGCUUCAAAAUGUGCGAGCAAAAGUGCGAACGGCCCGGCAGGCAUCUCCUCUCUUCAACACAAAGCAAUACACGCAUGAUCUGGAAGGUCUCUUCUUCAAGUUAUGGCGGCGGAAAGAGCAAGGUCUGCCUCCAGAUCAUGUCACUGAAUAGUGAGUUUCAUGUAACAGUCCUCCUUUCCCUCUGGGCUUGCUUUGCUCAAUAUCUGUCUCUUUGUCUGUUUUUACCUGAUUGCUUUCGUCCAGUUAUUUUAUCCCACCCUGCUGAGUUAUGUCCUAGGUUGUGUUGGCGCCUCUGUCGCUACUGCUCUCUGCUGUGCUGUGCUGUGCUUCUUCUUCUUAUAGGCUGUAGAGAUUCCUCUUUUGUGCUGCUGCUGCUGCUGGUGUGCUGAUGAGCUUCCUGGGUGAAACUUGCUUUCUGUCUAGUCUCAUGCUGCUCAUACCAUUCCUUACUCCUCCUCUCCCUUUAGGCCCAGCUGGUUAGGUGGCUGAUGCAGAUCUUGACGGUGAUGAUCGUGAAUGUGUGUAAUUGUGAUUGUGAUGAUCGUAGACCACACUGCAGGUGUGUGUGUGUGUGUGUAAUUGUGAUUGUGGUGUGUGUGUGUGUGUGCGUGCGUGCGUGCGUGUGUGUUCAAACACAUCAGUAGUGCCAGUACAUGCACUAGAUGCCAUUUUAGUACCUUAUGCCGCCGUGCCUUGGUGCGUUCCGACCAAGCAUAUGAAAAUGAUGAUGCCUACUGAUGUAUUCAUCUUCCACCCAGUUAAUUUUGGGAUGAAUUUUACCUGUGUAAAUGCCUUUUACUAAUGCCUUUUACUUUACUUUCGGGGGACAUGUACAUCUGUCCCAUCCAUCUGUAUAGUUUGUCUAGAGCUAGAGGUCUAUUUUAUGCUGGUUGUGCUUGCUUUUUUUAACCGUUUGUAAAAAAGAUUCAUCUGCUGGUGCUCUUUUCGCAUACCAUCUACAUUACAGUAUUUGCUUAUUAUGUCCGGGUUUCUUUUUAAACAACUUUAUACCAAGCGUAUCGUACGCCCGAUAGGCCCUCCACUGAUUUCGUCAACGUGUGCACGUGCAUUCUGAUCUGGCGUUUUUUUUAUUAUUAUUACGAAUGCUAUGGUGUCUGCUAUCUGUCUAUUGUACAUGAUUGUACUGUGUGUUGUGCUCUGCUACCACUGCUGAUCAUUGUGCUAUAUUCUGUUUUGGGCUUACCACGCCCUGUGAUGUUCACGAAAGUACUCUUCUAA